GUGUUAUUUAUAAGUAAUAAAAAGAAAAAAAAGAUUUUGGUGUUUAACCAUUUAUUGUUUCAACACAGUAGAUUAAAGAAAAUCUUUGUUACCAAGUGAUUAAACGAUACCCAUAUUUAUUGAAAAAGAAAACAGCUUUAUAAGAAACUAACAAUGAAGUUUUAUCUUACAGUCUUAUUCUAUUACAUACUUGAACAUCAAAUGAAUGGUAUAUUGUUCGUUAGCACUGAAUCAAAAAGCACACAAUUAACUUCAAAAUCUUCAGCAGUUUCACCAAAAACAAGCUCACAAAUGUUUUAUCACGACGAAGCCUUCAGAAAAAAAUCAUGUGUCAUUUUCGAAGGACCACAAACUUGUGACAAAAUCGUGGGAAAAAAAGCUCCGCUAUACACUCACUUCAUGAUACUAAUAGAAAUGUCAGACAAUGAAAUGAAUCCGUUAUCGGUGGAAAAAUUUAAUGCAGUUCCAGAAAAUCAAAGAUAUGAACAUUUUGCAAAGAGAAGUUGUAAAUUUAUUAUGGAACAAGUUACAACCGAAAAAAUGCCACAAUAUGAAAGACCGCAUUGCAGUGUUGUUAAAUAUAUUCCAUCAGAUCAAGAAACUAUGUUUGCUGUAACCGAUAUAGUUUAUGAUUCAAUUAAAGCAACACAACUAUCUGAUGAAACUUUACUUGGAACAUUGAAACAAAACAACAAAUUUCAUGUUAAUGGACAAAAUUUCAGUAAAGCUCAUGUCAAAAUCCUUUCUAAUACAGUGAAACGAACAUGUGAGGAUUGUCAAUCAGUUUGCCCACGGCAUUCAUAUUGUUCAAAUACGAUGAAUGGAAUCAGUUGUACAUGCAAAUUUGGAUGGAAAAAAGUAGGAGGAUAUAGUCGUUCAGAGUAUUGUACACUGCAUCCAAUUUCAAUAAUUCUGAUAGUUAUUGGCUCAACACUAAUGGUAGUACUAACUAUCUUAGCUAUGUAUUUCUCAAAAAGAGUCACCAUAACAAAAUACCUAAGACGAGUUCAAGGAAAAGAAUAAGAUGCUGGGAGAAAACUCUGCUACUCAAUUCUGUUUAUAAUUCUUCAUAACAGUACACAAUUUUUAUAUUAAAG